AAAGUAGACGGGACUAUGCAUUUCCUCACUUCCAAUCUUCCACUUCUCAAGUAUUCUGAAGGUGAAAUAACGAAAAUGAAGGUCUUCGCAGCUUUGGUUCUGUUAACUUUGGUAAAUUACGCCUACUCGAAAGAUACUACAGUCGUAAAUUCUUGUCACGAUGCUCUCUUACCAGAAGUGGUAUUGACUGCAAAUAACACGGUUUGUGCAAAAGGACCAUGCAUAGUGAAGCCUGGAUCAGAUGUAACCCUUACGGUUUCUUUUACUGCUCCUACAUAUCUGGAACACAUUAAGCCGAAAAUCAUAGCCACUGCAAUAGGUGUUGAGUUAGAGUAUCCCCUGGGCGAAGACGAUGCUUGUGUAGGAAUCCUGAACACGAAUUGUCCAGUGUCAGCUGGAGAACUAGUUGAAUAUGCCCAUACCAUGCACAUCCUUGAUAUCUUCCCCGAGGCGGCGGUGACUUUGACGUUUACUAUAAACGACGAGGAUAACAAUAACGCUGAUGUGGUCUGCUUCGUCAUUGACAUUCAAUUUAAGAAGACGUAAAGUAGGGAUUGAUACAAAUACACAUAGGCAAAUCUAUAAUGUAGACGUUGGAAUAUUCAUAUAAUUUUAUAAUCUUAAUUUAAAACCAAACUUUUAUUUCUAACAUUAAACAAUUGAAAAAACAAAAUUUGUAAUUUGUAAUCGAAUAGAAUUAAUGCAUGCCCUGUGAUAAAACUUUAGAACACUCGAGUUUUAUCAGUACAAAAAUGACGUGAAUGGUAUAAAAUUAAUUAAUGAACUUUGAUUGAGUGAAAAAAUCAAUAAUAAUUGCUAUUACUUUA